UUAGCUAAAUAAAUAGUCGAUAUAGCUUUUUUUUAGUAAUUUAAAGUAAGACAAGGUGGGGAUUGUUAGUAAUGUUAUGUUCUAAAAAAUAACAACUAACAGAGUCAGCUGCUUAAAAAUCCUACACAUGCUUGAAGAACUAAUAUUAGACAUUUUGUUAAAAUUGAAAUAUCUCUAAUUUAUAUUGAAAAUAUUUCGAAAGAAUGACUUCAUAAUGCAAGAAAACGGAUUUAAACAUUCAGUAAAAGUUCCACGCCUAUAUAAAAUUGCAGCCAAAAUCGUACAACAAGUUCGAGAAGAAGGUGCUAGUAUUAAACAUUUGGUUUACCAAGCAAAACAUCCUAAUUAUCCAGCCAUAUUAGCACUUGUAACUCAAACAUUACAAAAUGGCAAACAUUUGGAUUACAUAUUACGAAAAAGUAAAAUAUUAAUGAAUGAAGCACGUUUUGAUCCAUGGCUAGCGAGAAUAUUAAUUACCGAAUUAUUAUGGGGUAAAAAACGUUUGGCGGGAGAUGCAAAACCAAUACAAACAAUAUUAAGCUAUGAGACAAAAUUAAAAUCAAUUUUAGACAAAUUAAUAGAAUCAAAGGAGAUUAUUAAACCAAAAAAAGUUACCAAGCCAAGAUAUGUGCGAAUAAACACGCUCGUAAUGACAGUUGCUGAUGCAAUUAAUGGAUUCCGUGAUGAAGGAUGGAUUUUUGUACGAAAUAAUCAUACAGUUUAUGAAGAUUUUCUUCAAAUGAUACGAACUUUAGAAGAAAAUCAAUUUACAACUGAUUUACAUGUACCUGACUUGCUUGUUUUUCCACAAGGAACUAAUUUUUAUACGCAUCCGUGCUACCAAGAUGGCUCGAUUAUUUUACAGGAUAAAGCAAGUUGUAUACCAGCGUUAUUAUUAAAUCCAACUCCAAAUUCUGUUGUUUUGGAUAUGUGCGCUGCUCCUGGUAUGAAAACAAGUCAGUUAGCAGCAGCCAUGAACAACGAAGGUUUAGUAUAUGCUGUGGAAAAGGAUCAACGCCGUUUUCAAAGUCUCACACAAAUUAUGGAAACAGUUGGUGCAACAUGUGUUAAAACAGUAAAUCGCGACGUAUUAACUUUAAGCGAUAAGGAAUUCCCAGAUGUUGAAUAUAUUUUACUUGAUCCCAGUUGUACCGGCUCUGGUAUGACAGAUCGAUUAAUGUACGACGAUAACACCGAUGAACAGCGUAAUGCUGAACGCAUCGAAAAAUUAGCCGGAUUUCAAAAGAAAAUACUUUAUCAUGCGUUAAAAAAUUUUCCAAAAGUAAAAAGAAUUGUUUACUCAACAUGUUCUAUCUAUCCCGAAGAAAAUGAAAUGAUUGUGAAAAAAGUUAUGGAGAAUUGUAAGAAUUUCAAAUUAAAAAAUGCUAGAAAAGGAUUAAAAACGAAAUGGAUUAAUUCAAUGAAUAAUGAAAAUGAUGGAGAAUAUAAAAAAAUUUUGAAAAGAUGUAUAUAUGCAAAACCGGAAGUGGAUCUUACUAAUGGAUUUUUUGUGGCUGUAUUUGAACGAAUUACACCAAAAGAGGAAAAUAAAAUGGAAGUGGAAAGUGAAUAAU